UGCAAAGAUAUGUGGAGUAAAUAAAAAUGAAAAGAAUGCGACUGGAAAACGGAAGUGCACACAUUGGGACCGUAGAAUGCUCGCCGCGCGCAGAAAAUAACUUGAUGAAAGAACCGGAGCUCCGUACACAGUUGUUUUUCAAGUCUUUAACGGCAGAGUUCAGUCGGUCUAUUCAUCAAAUUCAGCGGGAGGAAGAUUUUGUUCCUAUCUCUAUUGCCAAUAGAAAUGACGCCAUCAGUCAUAGUCAUCGUUUAGAAGAAUUGGUAGAAGUGUCGCCGCAAAAGGAAAACGAGUAUAUUGAUCACUCAAAAGAUAUUUUCUGCGAUAUAGAAGAAAAUUUCAACAACCAGAAGGCAGUUUGGCUUGAAAGGCACUGCAAGCUCCUCAUAGAUACUUAUAAAGAAUUCUGCCCGAAGCUUGGCAGGCAGGUACAUGUAAAGAAUCAAAAAAAAAUGUGGGACUUGAUUGCAAAAAAUACAGCUUUGCCAGCUCUUGCCAAGUUGCAAGCAAGUGGAAAAGCUUGGAAAGGGAGUUUAUGAAAAAAAAACAGUUAGAACAAUAAAUCUGGAAGAGAAAAGGCCAGUUGCUGUUCCGAAAAGGAAUUAUCAGAAGUCAUGGAUAAGAGUGCAUCAGUAUUUCCGCCAUUUACUUUAGGCUCACACAUUGAAGGAAGAAGUAUCAGCGAAAUAUUGAUGAGUGCAUAAGUUCGUGCCCGAUUUCAAGUGCAAACUAAAAUUGAAAUUUUUUGAAGAAAGCGCCUUUAUUAAUCAAUUAUGUAUUCGCCAUCAUGUUCGGCAGUUAUAGCUGUAUAUUGGACAAUACAAUACUAAUUGAAACCGAAAUUAUAGCUGGACCAG